AUGUUUGGCAUCAAGACACAGAAGCGGGCAGAAUCGUAUAGUCCAGUCAAGAUGGAGGAGAGCGAGAGCUUUCUCCCUCAUAGCGAAACCUCGUCGCUCGAUGGACACCCCACAAAAACUCCUUCAAGACGCCAGUCAUGGGUAACUACAGCUAUCAUGAUCUUCUGCACAGCAGUACUUUCAGCGCUGUUCGGUGCCUGGGCUGGACGGCAAGGACUGAAUGCCGAUGCCUUCAGCAUACGGCAUAUCUCACAAUACUCUCCAAUUGUCAUUGAAGCAGACAUGAAAUUUGAGAAAGUUCGUUUCAACGGAUCCUUCUUGAAGCUCAAUGCCUUCCGGCAAGAUGCCGGUCCCGAGGUCGAUGCAGCCUGGAAGAGUCUCGGGGCAGACUUCAGCGCUGUCCGCAUCCCAGCUUCCGAAGCCACAAAAUCUAACAUCAGAGCCGAUCAGGUGAAGAUCAAGGAGAAGUACGGUGGCGGUUUUCCUGCGAACGUAGAGGGCCUGCACCACUUGCACUGCCUGAACCUGCUCCGGAAGUCGCUAUCCUGGAACAUCGAAUACUACAAGGCGAUGAAGAUGGGGCCUUUCGCGAACGAUGAUCAUAUCCUGAAGGCACACGUCACACACUGCCUUGACAUCAUCCGCCAGCAGCUGAUGUGCAGCAUCGACAUUGGCGUGCUGGGCCAAGUCUGGUACCAGCCGCCGGACUCAGCCAUCGAGCCGUUUGUCGAUUUCAACACUAUCCACACCUGCAGGAACUUCGACGCUGUCCGUGACUGGGCCGAGAAGCAUCAGCUGCCGACCGACACACCAAAUGACUAUUUGGAAGAGCCGAAGGAAGGCGACAGAAUUUACCUUGAGAUUCCAUAG